CGGGGGACGUAUGGCAAGGAGGGGUUCAGGAGAUUAACCCCAGCACGAGACGCGUUCGCUGUCGCCUCGCGUGGUGUGCGGCCUGGUGAAGUGCAGCCCCCCUCUCCCCCCCGGCCCCAGGGUCUGCUGGCAGCCAUGCUCCACUCUCCGCUGAAGACGGCGCUGGCUUAUGAGUGUUUCCAAGACCAGGCCAGCUCCACGCUGGCUCUGCCCUCGGACCACAAGCUGAAAACGAAGGGCACGGGAAAACAGCGGGUCCAAGAGCAAGUGAUGAUGACAGUGAAGCGGCAGAAGCAAAAGUCGUCCGUGUCGUCAAGCGUGGGUCACUCCAACCGAGGUUCCAUGUACGAUGGUUUAGCUGAUGGUUAUGGUUAUGGGACAUCCCGGGGCAGCUAUUAUGCCAAAACCCAAACAGGAAACAGCAGCUGGGGAUAUCCGAUGUACAAUGGGACCCUGAAGCGGGACAUGGAGAACCGUCGCUACAGCUCGUACAGCCAGAUGGAGGGCUGGGGCAGCAAGCACUACAGCAAGGCUGUCUGCAGCCCCACCAGGGCUGGCAGCGACUACUGCUUCGUGCAGAACAUCAAGAGCAGCCGGAGCGAGCCCGACCUCUACUGCGAACCGCCCCGGGGCACGCUGAGGAAGAGUCAGGUGGGGGGCCGGGCAGAGCACAAGGCCACCCUGAACCGCCAGAGCAUCUACAGCAGCUGCAGCACCCAGCAAGGAACUUCCAGGACAAGUAAAAAAAUGCCAGCACGGGCCCUCUCCUGCCCCUCGAGCAACAAGCCUGAUGUGGUCUAUGCCCAGCCCGUGAUGAGCUGCAAACAGGACAUGGUUUAUGGACAGACUCAGUCCGGCUCCAAAAUAUGUGGUGAUGAGAUAGAUGGUACAAUGACCAUCCAGAAAGCCAUACAGCUUCUGUGCUCCUCUGAUGACAAAUACCAGGCCAUGGGUGCUUACUACCUCCAGCACACCUGCUUCCAGGAUGAGUCGGCCAAGCAAGAGGUCUAUCGGCUGGGGGGAAUCGCCAAGCUCGUCGAGCUGCUCCGCAGCCCAAACCAGAACGUACAGCGGGCAGCAGCUGGAGCCCUCCGAAACUUGGUCUUCAAGAAUCCAACCAACAAGAUAGAAACCCGGCGGCAGAAUGGGAUAAGGGAGUGUGUGAGCCUUCUACGGAGGACAGGGAACACUGAAAUACAGAAACAACUGACAGGACUGCUCUGGAACCUCUCCUCCACUGAUGAAUUAAAAGAGGAGUUGAUACAGGAGGCCCUCCCCGUCUUGACAGACUGUGUUAUCAUCCCUUUCUCUGGCUGGUCUGAUGGCAGUUGCAAUAGGACAAGAGAAAUUAUUGACCCAGAAGUAUUCUUCAACGCUACAGGCUGUUUGAGAAACUUGAGUUCUGCAGACAUGGGGCGCCAGACCAUGAGGAAUUACCCUGGCUUGAUCGACUCAGUCAUGACUUACUCCCAGAACUGCGUGGCUUCUAACCGACCUGAUGAUAAGUCUGUGGAGAAUUGCAUCUGCAUCCUGCACAACCUCUCUUACCGCCUGGAUGCCGAAGUUCCCAACAAAUACACCCAGCUCAACCACAUGGCCCGGAGUGUGUAUAUGGACAAAACUCUCACAGGCUGUUUCAACAGCAGGAGCGGUAAAAUGGAGAAUGAUGAGUACGGCGUCCCCCUUCCUGAGGAGGAUUUUAAACCCAAAGGACCCAGCUGGCUCUACCACUCUGAUGCCAUCCGCACCUAUCUGUGCCUGAUGGAUCACAGCAAGAAGGAUGCCACCUUGGAAGCUUGUGCUGGAGCUUUGCAGAACCUCACUGCCAGCCGAGGACUGAUGUCCAACGCAAUGAGCCAAAUGAUUGGUUUGAAGGAAAAAGGUUUGCCACGCAUAGCACGGCUCCUCCAGUCCAACAGCUCUGAAGUUGUCCGGUCUGGGGCUUCUCUGCUGAGCAACAUGUCCCGGCAUCCUGUUCUCCACAAAACCAUGGCUCACCAGGUGCUCCCAGAUGUAUCACGUCUCCUGUCAUUCCAGUCUGGAAAUACCAACAGCUAUGGCGAGAUCAUGACAUCAGCUUGUUACACUCUGAGGAACCUCAUCAUGUCCAACCCACACCUGGGAAAGUCUUACUUGACAAGCAACAUGCUAAAUAAUGUAGUAAGCCUGUGCCGAAACGGCUCCUGUCCAAAAGCGGCCGAAGCUGCUCGCCUCCUCCUGACAGAUCUUUGGUCCAACAGGGAGCUCCAGAGUGUGCUCAAGCAGCAAGGAUUUGAUAAGAACAUGAUGGGAUCUUUAUCUGGAACAACCUUCAGGACCCUCUCCUCCAGAUUUUAGGAGCCUCUCCACACACAUUCAGGCUGCAGAAUUUGGAAUUGGUUCAUGUCCAGGAAGACAACCCUUCCACAAUUACUUAGGAUCUUAAAGAUGUAGAGUGUUUCUGAGUUUAACUCAACUGUAAAGCAAACUAAACAUACAGAUUUCAUGUGGAUGAUACUGAUAUUUUUAAGCAUUUUCUUCUUUUUAGGGGGGAGAAGGGACUUUUAUUGAGGUUAUACUUUCUCAAUGUCAUAUUUUUUUUUUUUUUUUUGCCAAGAGUGUGUCUGUGUAACUAUGUACGUGUUGCUGUGCACGUGUGCAUGCAGGAAACAUCCGUGCGCACGCAUGGCGAGUAGGAUCUUCCCACAGGCUUAGUCCCCUGUCGUCCACCGAAAGUCGGUGUGAGUUGUGCCGACUCUUGCAGUUUUUCCCAAUUCCACCAAAUUCCGUGCACCAAAUACUGCCGCACUAAAAACUUGUCACAGCGUAUUUUUACCCACAAGUUUAAAAAUUGUUAAUUUUAGAUUGAAUCCCCCCCACUGCAUAUGGCUGUUAAAAACACAUACACACAACAAUACUCUUCUUUACAAAGGAUGGUUAUUUCUAACAUUUAUAAACACAGGUUUCUUUUCUGCUUAUAAUUAUUUCUCCAAUGAGCUCUUAUAGUUAUUAGUCUUUUCUUUCCUGUCAACUGAAGUCUUUAUCUCAAGAAGCAAAUUGAUGUCUGCAAAUUCUCUCCCGGGUCUCAGUAACCCUUCUCUGAAGAUAUAUGUGAGGGGACAAUUGUUACACAUCUGCAGACCAUGAAUAUUACCGGGUCCCAAACCAUUUUGAACGCCAGAACAACUCAAUCUCAUGACUGUACCUGGACAAAUGUGGCAUUUGAGAAGCUGAGCUGGAGACAGGCAAAGCGUUUUUUCCCCUGGGAACACCGACUGCCACAGAGGACUGAAAAAAGUGAGGGAUGUGGCCUUUUUAAUCACACUUUGUUUUUAUUGAUCAAUGUAAAGAAAUAGUAUUAAUAUGCAAAGGAAUGUAAGCACUUGUGUGAAGUCAGGUUUGGAAAUAUUUUAUUUCUUGGUAUCUUUAAUUACAUGAUCACCCUGGGAUGCUAAGGCUGUGAGAGGGGACUGCUGAGCUCAUUUUAAGGGCCACCUGUUCCUUAUAACAGUAACCGUGUGAUGAAAGAGGCUGAUCUUCCUCUCUCCAGAAGAAAAAUAUCCUCUACCCAUCCCCACAGGGGAUGCAACUCAGAUCCGCAGGGAAAGGACCAGCUGAGGAUGCAUUUUCUGGCUGUCCCACACACAUGGUUACUCCUUCUUCACACCGUGCAGGGGCACGGGACCCCCUUUUGCAAAUAUCCAGGAGGCAGAAGGAUUUGGGAAUGAUGAAUUAUGGAGCUGAGUCUAGAAAGGGAAACACAGUCUCAUUUUUUGUGAGUGUCAGACUCGUGAGUUGAUUCCCAUUCACUUCACAGAGACGGGGUGACUCAUGCCCACUGAAGAGCCGUCCAUGAAGUUCAGAUUGGCUUUGACACAGCUCUAGGUCUAAGAAACACAGUGACACAUCUUCAUCCCCCAUUUAGGCAGAGAGGGAGCAUGUGUCCACAGAGGGAGAUCAUUUUCAGGUUGGUUCUUCUCUUGGACUGCAAAGGGUGGCUUAAUCUUGUGCACUUUAAUGAGCAGCAACUAUUUGCUUGCUUUCACCCACGUUCAGUCGAGAGCUUUCUGCGCAGAGCUCCCAGCCAAAUGAGAGAGAAAAAAAAAGCACCUUUGAAGUGGAGAGCUAGAACCAGGAGAAUCCGGUAGGACAGUUUCAGGAGCAUUUAAAGAGCAGGGAAGGAGCCCCAGCCCGUGGGCAUGCCCUUGCCGUACGUGCCAGCUCUUCACUGGCUGGAUGCAGAUUCUCAGGUGCACGGUUCAAAAUGUUUUCGGCAGGACCCGAGAUGAUGGAUAUCCAAAACGGCCGCAGUAUCCACAGGGAGGAUUGUUACAGUUUUGGUGUAAAAGUAUGUUGAGUGCAAUUUUGCAUUCAGAUUUGUUCCUGUAAUUACAUGUUUGACAGAAGUCCUGGGAGCUAAUGUUUUUCUGUGUAAAAUUAAUUGGAGAAACCUAACUACAAAAUGUAAUGAUGGAAUAUUGAGGAAAUUCAUUCUAAUUGGCUGUUAUUUAAGCUUUAUUUUAAAACACUGCUGCUGCUUUCACCGGUAAUGCAAUUUACUGAAUCACUAUCCAAGGCACAAAGAACUGCAGCUUGAUGAUCAUCAUCUCACAAUUAGAUUUACAAGUACUGGAGAUUUCAUUAGUAAGUAUUAGACUCAAAGAGACAGAUACAUUCAUUCACAUAAAUUUUAUAGAGUGCUGCAAAGUUGUUUUUUCCAAAGCUAAUAAAAUGAUGAAAAUAAAAUCUAUCUCCAUCCUCAGAGAUCUUCAAAACAUGACUGGGCACAGCCCUGAGCAAUCUCAUCUGGCUUUGGUGUUGUCCCUGCUUUGAGCUGGGCAGACCAGAGAGGUUCCUUCCAAUCUAAUUUUUUUUUUAUGAUGCUGUAUGUUACUGCUUUCAUACCUCAAAAUACAGCUAACUUGAGAGACCAGUGGGCUGUGUGAGCUGUAACUUCUCUGCCAUCCCAGGGCUAUUCUGCAGCCAGUUCUUCCCCAGUAAAUUCUCUGAUACUCAACUCUAUUUUCCUCUCAGUCUCUCUUUUUAAAAUCUGGACUGCAGACUACCCGAUCCCGUGAAGUGACACGGAUGCCUGAUUGUGAGAAGAGAAAGGAAAAUCAGCCUAAUCAGAGUAACUGGUGUUACUCACAUUCAGCAAUUUUGGGAGCUCAGUGAGGUUCCCCUCAUUGUAAAUGGAUGCUGUUUGCACUUCCAAUACAAUUUUUUUUCAUUCUAGGGAGACAUAGUUUCUUAAAAGUGUGUUUUUAACUGUGACAUCCUCUUCAAUGAGCUGUUUUCCUGUUUCUUGCAUGUUUAAGAGCCAAGGUAGGGCAUACUCCCUUGACAGGGACAAGGGUAGGUCUGCAGCAAGUAGCACGUGCCUGGGGUUGUAGUGAUGGAGAAUUACUGAGGCGGGGAGGACCACAGGCAGCAGCAUCGUUAGCUCUGCUGGCAGCAGAAGUGAGAGCAGUUGGGGCCUGAUUUGUGCACAGGACACACAACCAUGUAAAUAAAUACCAUACUUGUCUGUCCUGGGCUUAGAAGAGCUUUUUGGUCUAUUUUCUCAUAAAUGCUUUGUUUGUUUUGUGUAUGUACAAUCCAACCCACCCCAGCAUUUCAGAAGCCUCAUGGACAAGUAGAAGGCAGUUGGCAGUUUUAUUUCUCUCUGACCACACACACCAGUUUGAGACCAAGUUAGGCUGCCAGUCCAUAGCUAUACAGUGUAUUCUGUAAGAUAUAGGUAUGUGAGAAUAAUGUAUCAGAGUUUUGUUUUGGCUGUACUGUAUGUAUUUGCUUCAUUGGAAAAGCUGAAAUCAAUAAAAAUUGCUGGAAUUUCUUC